CAGCAGCUUAGACCUGCUUCUGAUACUUCUGUGAUCACCAGCAAGCUCCUGACCCGACAUCAUGGUGCAUUUCUCUUCUGAGGAAAAGAGUGUCAUCAAUGGCCUGUGGGGCAAGGUAAACGUGGAAGAGACAGGAGGCGAAACCUUGGGCAGGCUCCUUGUUGUCUAUCCCUGGACUCAGAGAUUCUUCGACAGCUUUGGUAAUUUGUCUUCUCCAUCUGCCAUCAUGGGCAACCCCAAGGUCAAGGCCCAUGGCAAGAAGGUGCUGACUGCCUUUGGGGAAGCCAUUAAGAACCUGGACAACCUCAAGGUCACCUUUGCUAAGCUGAGUGAGCUGCACUGUGACAAGCUGCAUGUGGAUCCUGAGAACUUCAGGCUCCUCGGUAAUGUGCUUGUGAUCGUUCUGGCUACUCACUUUGGCAAGGAAUUCACCCCCGAUGUGCAGGCUGCCUGGCAGAAACUGGUGUCCGGUGUGGCCAUUGCUCUGGCCCACAAGUACCACUGAGCCCGCUCUCCAGUCCACCGGUGUUCCUGUGUGUCCCCAAUACCCUCCUUCUGCACAUGGGGACGGGGCUGGCCCUUAAAAGUAUUCAAUAAAAAUCAUUCUCUU